AUGUCUGCUGAAUCUCCCCUCCCCUCAGUUCAUACAAGAACAACACUCGGCCCUGCACCCAAUGGCUUGGGGAAUGGUCUGUUCGCAUCAGAAGACAUCUGUACCGGAGAAGACGUCUUGAGGAUUAGUGCACCCUUUGUGGCAGUGCUGGAUACGCCGCGGUUGAGCGAUACGUGCUCUGGGUGCUUUGGAAAGAGGCAGCUAAAUGUGGGUGCGGAUCUGGAUUUGAGGGCGUGUACUGGGUGUCAGGUGGUAAAGUAUUGUGAUAGGGCAUGUCAAGCCAAAGACUGGAAAUUCGCGCAUUCUCAUGAAUGUCGGAUCUUCAAAGAACUCUCUCCUCGGGUUCUCCCUAAUAACGCCAGGGCAAUGCUCCGGAUGUUACUGCGCAGUACGAAGAAGAAAUAUAGCAAUCAAGAGGUUGAUCUCUUCGUCCAGCUGGAGACGCAUAUCCGGGAUAUUCGUGAGCGGAAUAUGGCGCAGUGGGAGCGGAUUUCACUGUCUGCGAAGGCUGUGAAGAUGUAUUCUGGGAUUGAUAUGAAAGAAGAGCUGAUUUUGGCUUUUGGUACAAAGCUGGACCUUAAUGCGUUCAAUCUUACAAACCCAUUGUAUGACCGGAUUGGGCUGUAUUUGCACCCAUAUGCGGCCCUUAUUAACCAUAGUUGUGAUUAUAACUCGACUGUUGGGUUCGACGGGGAUGAACUUUUCGUCAAAGCUGUCCGGCCGAUCAAGAAGGACGAGCAGAUCUUCAUCUCGUAUAUUGACGCCACUAGUCCGUACGACGUUCGUCACAACGAGCUGUCAGAACGAUACUACUUCGACUGCCAGUGCUCGAAGUGUUUAAAGGGCACAGAUACGCCCGAAGAUAAAUUCCUAACAACAACGCUCGACAGUGCUGCAUUUGCAGCAGCAGAGACAAAAGCACAAGCCUUCAUGGGAUCCGCUUCUGCCCCCAACUGUGAACCAACAGGAGCCGUCCGCAAACUGGAAUCAGCCAUGCAAGUCCUGGACCAAACCUCCGCAUGGCCCAUCACCAGACAGCCCUAUAUCUUCCUACGCGACGAGUUAAUCGCAUCCUUACUCUCCAACGGACAGUUCAAAACAGCUUUCGUUCAGGCCGCGGUUCGCUAUAUACGCGUUGAUCCAAUCGUCUACCCCUACGACUCUCACCCCAUCCGCCAUGUACAUGCAUGGGCACUGGCGAGGCUUGCUAUCCACCUGUCUCAGGGGAUAGAGACAAACACAGGCGACGAUGUUGCGCUUGAACGCUUCGAGUUAAACUUCAGUCUUAUUAUCUGGUCUUUAUUGAAUAAGCUAAUUAAUAGGGAGUCAGAGAGCUGUACUGUGCCUAGCUUUAAAAGGAUGGUGCAGCUGGCGUUCUAUGAGGUGCAUAAGGAGUUUGUUUCGAAUGGACUGGAUCCUUCUAAUAUGGCGGAUGAGAUUGAAAGGGAGUGGGAGAAGAUGGAUGGCGUUGUUUUUUCUAUGUCGGAGAGAAAGUGA